ACCCAGACCUGGACCUGGACUCAGACCUGGACCCAGAACCAGACCCAGGCUUGGACACAGACCUGGACCCAGAACAGGACCCAGAACGGGACCCAGAACUGGACCUGGCCCAGACCCAGACCGGGAUCCAGACCCAGACCUGGACCCCGAACCAGACCUGGACCUGGACUAGCCCCCCACGCAGCUCCGCGCCGCUGCGCCCCGCCGAGCCCGCCCGCUACGCCCGCCUCAAGAACUGGGAGCUGGGCACCAUCGUCUACGACACGCUGUGCGCCCAGGCCACGCAGGAUCUGCCGUGCACGGAGCAGCGGUGCCUGGCCUCCCUCGUGUUCCCCAGGCAGCUGGGGAGCCCCGUGCCCGAGGGCUCGCGCCCCGCCGAGGAGCUGCUGGGGCUGGCGCGCGACUUCCUCGCACAGUACUACGCGUCCAUGCGGCGGGACAACUCGCCCGCGCACCUGCAGCGCCUGCGGGACGUGGAGGCCGCCAUCGCCGCCACRGGCACCUACCAGCUCCUGGAGCCCGAGCUCAUCUUUGGCGCCAAGCAAGCGUGGCGCAACGCGGCGCGCUGCGUGGGGCGCAUCCAGUGGAACAAGCUGCAGGUGUUCGAUGCCCGCGACUGCGCCAGCGUCGGGGAGAUGUUCGGCUUCCUCUGCACCCACAUCCAGUACGCCACGAACCGCGGCAACAUCCGGUCGGCCAUCACCAUCUUCCCGCAGCGCGCGCCCGGCCGCGGCGACUUCCGCAUCUGGAACACGCAGCUCAUCCGCUACGCCGGCUACCGGCAGCCCGACGGCUCCGUGCUGGGCGACCCGGCCAACGUGGACAUCACGGAGCUCUGCAUCCAGCACGGCUGGAGCCCGGGCGGCGGCCGCUUCGACGUGCUGCCCCUGCUGCUGCAGGUGCCCGACGAGCCCCCCGAGCUCUUCCCGCUGCCGCCCGAGCUGGUGCUGGAGGUGCCGCUGCAGCACCCGACGCUGCAGUGGUUCGGCGAGCUGGGGCUGCGCUGGUACGCGCUGCCCGCCGUCUCCAACAUGCUGCUCGAGAUCGGCGGGCUGCAGUUCCCCGCCGCGCCCUUCAACGGCUGGUACAUGAGCAGCGAGAUCGGCAUGAGGAACCUGUGCGACGGGCAGCGCUACAACGUGCUGCCGGAGGUGGCCCUGCGCAUGGGGCUGGACACGCGCAAGACCUCGUCCCUCUGGAAGGACAAGGCCGCCGUGGAGAUCAACGUGGCCGUGCUGCACAGCUACCAGGUGGCCAAGGUGACCAUCGUGGACCACCAUGCGGCCACCGAGUCCUUUGUGAAACACAUGGAGAACGAGAUGCGGACGCGGGGCGGCUGCCCGGCCGACUGGGUCUGGAUCGUGCCGCCCAUCUCGGGCAGCCUCACGCCCGUCUUCCACCAGGAGAUGGUCAACUACCAGCUCUGCCCCACCUUCCGCUACCAGCCCGACGCAUGGAAGGUCUAUGUGUCCAAGGGCACCACCGUCACCAGGAGGAAGACCUUCAAGGAGGUGGCCAACGCGGUGAAGAUCUCGGCCAAGCUCAUGGGGCACGUGAUGGCGCGGCGCGUCAAGGUCACCAUCCUCUACGCCACCGAGACGGGCAAGUCGCGCACCUACGCGUGGAGCCUCUGCCAGCUCUUCCGCCGCGCCUUCGACCCCAAGGUGCUGUGCAUGGACGAGUACGACAUCGUGUCCCUGGAGCACGAGACGCUGGUGCUGGUGGUGACCAGCACCUUUGGCAACGGGGACCCGCCGGAGUGCGGCGAGAGCUUCUCCAAGGCGCUCAUGGAGAUGUCGUCGCCCCACGCCGGUGCCGCCCAGGCUGAGCCGCCCAAGAGCUACAAGCUGCGGUUCAACAGCGUCUCGCAGUCGGACCAGCUCGUGGCCUCCUGGAAGAAGAAGCGGCGGCAGCUGAGCAACACGGACAGCGCGGGCACGCUGGGGGCCCUGCGGUUCUCGGUGUUCGGGCUGGGCUCGCGGGCCUACCCGCACUUCUGCGCCUUCGCGCACGCCGUGGACACGCGGCUCGAGGAGCUGGGCGGCGAGCGCAUCCUGCCCAUGGGCGAGGGCGACGAGCUGUGCGCGCAGGAGGACUCCUUCCGCACCUGGGCCAAGCUGGUCUUCCAGGCCGCCUGCGACACCUUCUGCGUGGGGGACGACGCGCAGGCGGCGGCCGAGGAGAUCUUCAGCGCCCCGCAGGGCUGGAAGCGCCAGAAGCACCGGCUGGUGCUGCAGCCCGAGCCCACCGACACCCUGGCCGGCCUGUCCCACGUGCACAAGCGCAAGGUGUUCCCGUGCUCCGUACUCUCGGUGGAGAACCUGCAGAGCCCCGAGUCCAG